UUAAAUUCGUGAUAUUCUAACCAUAACCCAUAUCAUCAUAUUCGUUAUACAUUUCGUACCAAACCAUAAAUUACAAAUGAGCAUUCAAUAACUAAGGCUGUAUCAUCUUUUUGAACUAGAUCUUCAUGAUUAACAUAUUCCCCCAUUAAAGAAUAAAACUUUUCUACCAUUGAAAUAUGGGAUUUCCCUUUAGUUUAAAAAUGAAAACAUUCAUUCCGAUACUCCAUCGAAUUCAACAUCCAUGACGCAAUAGUAAAUAUUGUGAAACCUCUGCCGCACUACUUUAACAUAACCACAAAUACAGAUCAAACGGUAAAGGUAAACAUCAAUUACUUAUCAAAUUACAUGCAACUUAUAUGACACAAUUUCGAUUAUAUGAUCGAAUAUCAACCAUUGAUGAUGAUAUUGGGACUAUCAAAUUCGUUGGCUAUUUCCCUCCUGAUCAUAAUUGGAAAAAUACGUUAAUUUAUGGUAUUGAAUGGGAUAAUCCUGACAGAGGGAAGAAUAAUGGUAAUAUUGAUGAUAAAUCUUAUUUCAAAGUUGAUGUUCCUUUAAGUGGAUCAUUUAUAAAGUUUAAUAACAAAAAGAUUUGUCAUGAUCGAUUUAAUUUCAUCGAGGUGUUCAUAAGAGAGUAUUAUAAUGUUGAUAAUUAUCAUGAACGGAAUAUUAAAUUUGGGACUAAAUUAGUGGAAGAACUCGGAUUUGAAAAGUUGAAUCGAAUUCAAUCUGAGUUUAAGAAUCUAUCAUCGGUGAGUUUGAAUGGGAAGGGGAUUGUUGAUGCCUUUGAUAAUGAUGAAGAAGCGGUCGUGUUUAAAGAUUUACAAAAUAUAACUUAUCUUGAUUUAAGUUUUAAUCUUUUUAAUAAUUUAUCAUCAAUAUAUAAGAUCAUUUCUCAUUUGAACAAUUUAUCAAAUUUGAACUUGAAUGGGAAUAAAUUUCCUGAUACAUCCCUUGAUCUGACUUUAUCCUCCUUAAAUCAUGAAUCAUUAACCAUUUUAAAGUUAAAUUCCACCAAUAUAUCUAUAAAUCAAGUAAAUCUCAUAUUGAAAAGUUUCCCAAAUUUAUCUCAAAUCCAUCUAUCAAAUAAUAACUACACUGAUACUGAUCUCACCCAAUUGAACUUACCUCCCCAUGUGAAAUUCAUUGAUUUAUCAUUUAAUAAACUUUCAAAAUUAUAUUUAAGUUCAUUCCCGCAUAUUGAAACAUUAUUAAUCUCAGAUAAUCACAUAACAACCAUAUCUGACCUCAUCAUCAACAAGAGUAUCCAACAAUUAGAUAUACGAUAUAAUCAAGUGAAUGAAUGGACAUUCAUUGAUCAAUUGUCAAUCCAACUUCCCAAUCUCCAAAACUUACGAAUCAAUAAUAAUCCUGUUUUCGAAAUAGUUGGAGCAGGAGAUCAAACAGAAGAUCAAAUGGUGGAAAAGAUGUUUAUCCAAUUAAUCGCUCGAUUCGAAUGUGAAGAUCAUAAACGAGGUAAAGGGGUCAGAUUAUCGAUGAUUAAUGGUAGUCCAUUAUUAGAAUCUGAAAUUCGAAAUGCAGAAUUAUAUUUCAUCUCAAAGUAUAAAUCAACGAUUAAUCAACCCGAGUAUGUGAUAUCUAAUAAGAUCAGAUGGGAGAUAUUAUUACAAAAGUAUAAUGUUGAUGAUAAGGUUGAUUCCACCAUUCACCAGGCAUCAAAUAAAGUUCAAUUAAAAAUUAAUAAUGAAAAUGAGAUAUUCACGAAAACGAUAUUAUUAAAUCUAACCAUUCUUAAAUUAAAAGGAAUCAUAUCUCGUCUGAUUAUGAAUAACUCAUCAAUCUUAAACUUUCACAUCUACUAUUAUCAAAAUGAUUUAAAAGAAUACCUUGAUACAAAUGUAUUCUCUCAAAUUAAUGAAUUUAAUUUAUCUAAUAAUCAAACCAUUUAUAUUGAAAAUGCAUUAAGAUAAAACGUUAUAUAUAACAAAUGU